GACUGAACGUUAAGGAUAAGUGCAAGUUGCAACUUGCAAGUGCAUUUCGCAUUAAAUAUUAUUUAGCAUAAAUUUAAAUCUGGAACGGUGCUUUAAAACUUUUUAUUCCUGACGUAGGAUAAUGAAUCAAGGAUGGUACUCAAAGAAAGAUGUUAUCCAGGAUCUGACAACUGCUACAGGAAAAAGCGUUUGUGAUUUGAAUGAAGAAUAUGUUAUAAUGGGAAAAAAUCCACCACCAUGUCAUAUGGCCAAUGAAGAAGAAGAAGAGAUGCAAAUCGCAACAUUGUACGGUGGACGAAAACCUUCAGACCAUACAGAUAUUGGCAAGCCAGAUUUAAUGGGAAUAACGCAAAUGAUAAGAAUGGUUGAUCAGUUUUACGAAAGACCUUCAAUAGAAAAUCGGACAAAUGGUGAUAGGAAACAAGUGACAAGCGCCGUAGUUUCCAUUAGUAAAUUAAAUCCAGAUGUAGUUGAAUUCGUACCACUAAAUAAGAAACUUCCAAAUAAGUUAGAUAAAGAAGGUUUAAAUUGUAUAACAGAAGAUGUUAUUAAGAACAAAGAUGUAUCGUACGAAAGUGAAAAGUCUGAUAAAAGAGGAGAACAAAUAAAAAAGUCUAUAGAUAUAAAUAAUAUCAAAGAAAUAAACAAGAACAAUAAUUGUCACAGUAAUAGUUCAGGUUGUAUUGACAUUUCGCGUCUUUCGUCAUUAGAGAUGCAAGAGAUGAGACAAAAGUUAAAAACAAAAAUAAGCGCAACAUCAAACACAAACUGUGUAAAAGUAAAGCGAGAACGAAAUUUGGCUAUCGCAACAUUAGUGAAGUUACAUUGCCAACCACCAAACAUAGCUGUUUCCGGGGAAGAUAAAAUUGAAUUGAAAGCACCUGAUUACUAUCAAAAAAGUCUUUCAAGUCAUGAAAAGGAUUCAGAAAUGAAAGAAUCUAUUAAAAAAUCUUGUAUAAUACCCGACGCUGCUCUCGAAAGAACUGUUAUAAUUACAAAAAAGCCAGAAUUUAAUGAAAAUCUUGAACAUGUGGUUGAUAGUAAUAGCAAUCAGUUAUAUGUUGUAAAAGAACCAAAUGCAACAACAUCUAAAAGACAAGAUGAUAAUAAAAAACAACCAGGUCAUAGUACACUUUGUCCAGCAAAGGAAAAUUCAGAGGACAUACCAAAAGAAGUAAGGGAGUCGAUUGUAAAAGUAGAAAAUUGGUUCAAUAGCCCGUCGAAGAAACAAAAAGGCUCUUCAUUUUAUUUAGGACCUGUAACAUUUAAAAAGAAAGUUAGCUGUAAACCGAUGUCUCCGAUUUCAAUCGAUUCGGAAAACAGCAAUGCUCAAAAAUCGGAAAUAUUCGUGCCCUCGGCGUUCGCAAAUCAACUGUCUAAAAAGUACAUGGAACGCAGUAAAGCAAGAGAGGCCAGAGAGCAAGAUAUAUGGACGAAAAUAGAGUUAGAAUUGAAAGCUAAGGAUGAAAAAAUAAAAAACCAAGCUCACGUUAUAGCAUAGAUACUGGUAAUAACUAAAAUAGAUAAUU